AUACAGACACAAAAGUAGCUGGGUCAUAACAGAAUCACGUUUCACUGAAGAUCUUACAGGAAGUGGAAGGGUUGCAAAAAAACAAGAUUGUUUGCAAAGGGUAAGGCUGGAAGAUAAAGGGGUGAGCUGUCACUUAAUCCACACAUGGCAAAAAAUCUAUGGUUAUAAAAAUACUGUAAAAAAAAAUUAUCCUUACAGAUUUCUUUUCUUUUACACUUAAAUGUUUUAGAUCAUUAAACACCCAAAACAGUUUUUCCAGGUCAGAAUUUUAUUAAUAAGAGGAAAAAGCUACCCAAACCAUGCUAGCUGUCUGCGAAAACAUAUUAAUCUCUGUGAUAAAUCAGAAAUAAACUGUGAUUUACCACCAGUCAACAUUUAGAUUACUGCCAGACCUGUAGGGAAAAAGAAGAAAACCCUGGAUUUUAGUUGGAAGAGUGGACAACUUAAUAAUUGCAAUUACUCCUGCAAGUCGCACCCUGCACCGAUAGUGAAAAAAGCUGCACUAAUACUUCUACUGGAUUUCUAAAGCACAUGUGAACUGAUAUACGAUCGAAAUUAACUUUUACACAAUUUAAAUUUUCCCAUAGAUUUCACAAAAUAAGCAAGAGUUGAAGUUUAUGUUUAAGUGGAUUUCUCCACUUAAGAAUAGAUGGCUCUUUAGUUUGCUUUGUAGGAGGGUUCUUUUUUUAAUAGUGACAGCAUUGCUAAAGUCAUGAAGCUAUUCAAAUUGAGUACACAAAUCAUGAAUCAAAGCAUUGCAACAGCACAGUCACAUUUCACGGAACAGAUUGUUCACAUGAAGGAUAAGAGACAUAUUAGUGUUAAUAAUAGCGCAGGAGAGAGUUUACUCUACUUGUUCAUCUUUGUUUAAGAAUUUUCAUUUGUUAUGGGAACUGCAUAAUGAAGAAGGAAGUGCAAAUAAAGAGGGACCUAUUAAAAGUAUGAUCACACAUGUCAAUAAAGUAAUUAUUGGAAGUUCUGUGCAUUUAACUGAAUCAACCACUCUGAUUAAUAUACUUUUGAAGAUAUAGAACUGUAAUGAAAUAAUUUGAAAUAAUGUUUGUGUUGUCGUAUUGUGUUAAAAGUGUUUCAAGAUUUAUGAUUUUCAUAGAAUACAAGGCUUUAUCCUGCCACAAAUUCAAAAUUCUUAAGAUUCUGAGGUUCAUUGAAUUUGAUAAUAAGAUAAAACACAUUUAAGAUAAUGCCGGUCUACUAUCACAACCUGAACAGCAGUUUAGAAAACAAAACAUUAGCAUUUACAAUUUAAAUAACUUAAAUUCUAAGCUAAAACUAUAAGUACUGUGAUAUUUAAAUUUGACAGCAAGCUUUGUUGCCAAAGUUAUUUAAUUUUUCUUCCUUAAUGAUGCUCCUAGCUGUUUCAUUAAUUAAUUAUUUCUUGCCUGUCCUUUCAGUUAUUUAUUAUGUAUAAUUUCUAUUACUUUAUCAAUAAGUUGAUUUCCAAAGACGUUGAUUUCCACUGUAUAAUUUCAAUAUCAGAGUAAAAGCAGCUGAAUAAAUUUUUUGUUUUGUUAAAAACUAUGAUUUUUCUUCUACUUUAUACACUGCGUUGUGUUGGUUUGGAAUGUAAAGUAAAAAUAUGACACCUGAUUUGAGAGUUUAAAAUGCUGUUUUCUGUUUUUAAUGCCACCCUGGUUAAGUGACCAUUCCUCUCAUCAAAAACGUUCAUUGGUAAACAGUUUGAAUACUCUAGUGCUGUACCUUUUUUGAUGUUCUAUUUUCCAAGAACGUUUUCUUCUACUUUUUCACUCAGACCAUUUUAAUUGAAAUAGUCAACAGCUUGAUUUCCUUUCUUUUUUUAAUGACUAAAUGCUUCUUCCUCUUUUUUGUGCUAUAUUAUGUCCGUGACUAAAUUCAGGCUGUGAGUCUUUAUUUUGGUAGGCGGGAUCCGGAAGUUGCGUCAUGCUUGGUCGCGGCACUCCUGAGAGUAACUAUAUAAGAGUUCUUCGUGCUGCAGCUGACUCAGUUAUCCUGUAAACAAUUGUAACGGCGCAUGACAGAGAAGCUUAGAGACAGGCAGCGGGACACUAUGACGAUAAACACACUACCCAACGGGACCACUGUGACAGAACUGGGUCAGUUUCUGAAAAACCCACCGGAGGGUUUCACCGUGAAGGCCGUGGGCUCGGCUUACCAGGUCCAGUGUGGAGAAGAGAACCUGGUUUUCAUCGAUAAGUUUCACUCCGGGGACUUUGAUGUAGUUUUCCAGAACUCACUAGGAAGGAAGCUUAAAAUGCACAAUUUGUGGGAGUAUACCAGCAUGAGGAAAAGUCUGCUGUCCAAGAGGAUCUAUGUGUUGGUUUCUCUCUGCGAUCAAAGCAUGCAAGAAACCAGCAAGAAGGGGCCCAUAAAGCCCAGAGCUCUGCAGGAGUACGUGUUGUCCGUCAAUGGUGGGAAUCCGAUGAUGAAGUGGCAGAUGCAGAAAGGCCUGGACUGGACCAUCUCCUCUGUGGGGGGAGAGAGCUACAGGGUGGAGAUUGACUUGAGUGAAAUCUUGCAGAGUUUGGCUGCUGAAGGCCUCAUUGCUGAGAACCUGAUGAAAUAUAAUCCGACAUGGAAAGAUGCCUCCUUCACCCUUAAGUACUACUCUGAUGCCCUAUUUGACUUCCCUCACUGGUUGGGCCGCAGCAAAAGAUCAUUUCAGCUGAGACUGAUGAGAAACAGAUGAGGGAGACCAUAAGGAUUGUAUCUGCUAAGUUUCCCAGCAUCUGUUGCUGCACAUUUUUAAGAAAACUGAAGAGGAGUGUUCUCAUCAGUGAAGGAGAAGCCUAUCAGUCGAACUCUGCUGCUUUGUCAGGAGUUUGGUAUUUGAACUGCUGGCUUGGAAUUCAUCUGCUGUUCAGUGGGUGGAAAAGCACCAGAAAAGAAAAUGUGGGAUGCCUUUGACAUUAUAGUCAUACAUGUAAAUAAUAAUAAAAAAUUAACAUGUACGUACAUAUAUAUUUAAAUUAUUUCAUUCUCCAACUGGGUUCUGCAGUUGUAUGUGCUGUACAGUGAUUGAACAUGUUUGGA